AUGACACUCACCCCUGCCCAAUGGGUCGCUCUUGGUGCCGGUGUCUACGCCGGCAUCGGCCUCCCCUUAGCCUUUGUAUGGUGGUAUCGCCGCCGCUAUCGACUUCAUCGUCCCCUCCCCAUUCACCCCGACGAGGUCGACGCAGCCGAGCUGCUCGACCAGACCGUCACACCGGGGCCGAGCACGCCGUACAGCUCUGCUGCCCAGUCUCUGGGUCUACGUCAAGUCGACCCUUGUAACCGGGCCGUGAUCUCACCCAGCCCGCCCAGCACCGCCUCCUUCACUGCGCCUACCGCGACGACCAGGGAGAGUAGCAGCACCACCCAUUCCGAUUGGCCACAGUCGCUUCGUGAUAGCCGAGUUCUGACAAGACCACCUGACGCCCGUACCAGCAAGCAUGUCGGGCCGAGUAGAGUCAGGGAGACCCACGUCCGGGACAGUCUCAGUACCCUCAACGUGAGCGCGGGUCGUUCCACCGACCGCUACAGCACCGACACCGGUCGCACCGCGCGACACAGUCAUGUCACGAGUGACGCGGGCGCAAGCGCCGACUACCGUUCCAGCAGAGACAGCCGACUCGCGACGGACCACCACGCCAGCUACAACUCAGUCAGGGACAGCCGCUCGACUGGUUCUAGCCUGCCUCCUUUCGCGGCCGAAGGACUGGACGCCGAGGGCUCCCGCGGCACCUUCGGCUCCGCCCAGCUGAACAGCUACGUCACUGAAGACGGGGGCGGAUCGCCGCACAGCUUCCUGCCUGGUGACGACAAAGCGUUCAGUGUCGGACAGCGUGACUCGCAGAGCUGGCGUUACCCUCAGAACUGGCCUGUCUCUACUGAGCACUCGACCUCACCUGAGCCCGUGAUCUCCAGUCCGCCCAGCGCCUAUCGCCCGCCCAGCUCUCAGCGUGCUCCUUCCACCACUCCGCCUCUAAUCAUGCCAGUCCCCAUUCCGACCUCUCCGCCUCCGGCAGCUAUCGUGCCGAUGUCCAACCCCUCACCCACACCGCCUGAGCCCGAAGAGGCGUGUCGUCCUCCUUCUCAGCUGAGAGAUGAGAUGAAGCGACAUCUGUAUGCGCCGCAGACCCCGGCGCCGCCCAAGUCUCCCGGCGCCGUCACGAUUCUGAAGGACGUUCUCUUCUCGGAGCCUGAGCAGAUGGAUACGAAUCCUGGCCCGUCUCAAGCACGAGUUAUUGUUCGUAAUGAGGAGGAUGCGGAGACCGCGAGGCUAGAGUUGUUGCCGCCCCAGUAUCGGCCUGAGUGGGCUGAGGGGCAUGUUCCUGGACCUGAGAAAGCCGCAUAUGGGGCGGGAAGAUGCCCGUAG